GCAAAAAAAAUUAAUGAGCCUAAUACAUGUGAGGUAGAGAUUUGAUUUUUUUGAAGAUUUAUUGACAACUCAAUGUGAUGAUUCCAUGUGAGAAAUUGUUAAACAUGUGUAUAAUUUUCAUGAAAAAUGUGUAAUUUCAUAUUCUUUCAAGAAAGUGCUAUAUUAAGUCUGCAUAAUAUAUAUCAUUAUUUGAGGUAAAAAAAAGUGUAUAUAAUCAAGAUACUGAUAAAAUAAAUGAAUAUAUAUGUUAUCCCAAACAACAGGUAAUUUCUUAGUUUAAGGUUUUAUUUUAUAAGCCUAUCGGCUGAUCUGAUCGGUCCCGGGAGGAAUGCACUUAGUGCUAUAUAGUGGACUAGCCCGAAAGCAUACCACACUACUUAACCCGAGUUUGGAAUACCUUCCGACUUAUGCCAGUGGGUGGACCAAUCAUCUGUUAUGGUCAACCAUGUAAAUCACUUGGGCCGAAGCCCAAGCCCAGACUGACCAAGUAGUGAUAAUUUAGUUUCCAGGGGGAAUCGAACACACUACUGAUGUGGAUACUCACCAAGCCCCAAGAAAGUUAGUUUAAGGUUUAAUUCACUUUUUUCUUAUUUGUUAUGAUUUUCGUUCAUUCAUUUUUGCUUUCUUUUAAUAUUUGAUAAGGUGACAAGCGUUUUUAUCUUAAUUCAGAUAUUAUUGAUACAUUUAUAUGGAAAAGACGGAAUAAUAUGGUUUUUAGUAACAUAGAUAUUGAUCCUCGACAUACUUUUGGCAGUAACCUAGGCUACUAUUGGGGAAGAGGCACAUGAAUCACUAAUAUAACAAGCGAGUCAAACUUGAGAGAGGAAGAUGAAAAGUUUGCCUCAAAUUCCUGGAUGGUGGUGUUUUACAGAUGAAUCAUGGAAAGAGAAGGAAAAUUUAUCGAGGCAAAUAUGGUAUAGUAUGUUAUAAGGUUUUGAUGGUUUGAUGGGCGCAAGAAAUACGAAAACCAGUCUCUCACUCAUUUACUCGGAAAUUGAAGCUUUGAUUUGGGAAAUGGAAAGUAAAAAAAAGUUUCAUGUGACGUUUGCAAACGAUUAUUCACAGUUGGUGAAGAUGAUUUUGGAACCAGAAGAAUGGUCGGUUUGCAACAUUUCUCCAAGACAUCAAGAAACCAAAAGAGAGCUUCAAUCACUCAGAGUUGAUACAUGUUCCUAGAACAGAGAAUACAAGGGCGGAUAUGCUUGCGCGCAGUGCUCGGAAUCAAUCGUCUUUUGUUGUUCAUAUGAACGCGGAGUUACCAUUUUGGUUUGCUGAAUUGUAGCGGAAUCUGUUUAUGUUUCUGACAAAAGAAAAAAAAAUGAUAUGGUCUACAAUCAACAAUAUCUAAACAUCACUAGGAUCUAUGGAUUACAAACCAUAAUUUAUAGUUGAGGAUCAAUGAUCUUAUUUUGUAUUAUUUUUGCCAAAACAAAGGAUAAAAUUAAAGAUUCUAAUAACUAAUGAAAAAAUAGAAGCAAAAAAGCACAUUAAACAUAUUGUACAAAGAGGGUUUUCAGAACAUUUACACUAUGUGCGUAUUUUCCAGAUUUUAGACAAAAUAUAUACGUGGAAGCACCGUAGUGGUUAAGGUUUAAAGGUUUUUACACCCAGGUCCAGGGUUCGAACCCCAAUGCAAUUUCUUGUAGAUUACAUGAAAUCCAGGUUUCAAAUCCCAGAGAAGAGCGAUUUAUUAAUGCAGACUACAAAAAGAAAGCUUCAACAUGGUGCAAGUAAAUCUGGUCAGAAAUGAAUCUUCAUAUGACGGCUCAGAUGAUGCAGUUAGGCGUAGAUCUUCAUAAAGCAGGUAGUAUUGUCGGUUGUCGAUUGUGUAUGUAAACUUUUCUCAUAAAUGUAAUGUCAUAAUGUCAUAAUAAAUCACCGUUAAAAAAAAAGACAAAAUAUAUCUAUUUGCUGAACAAUAACUUAUUAGAAUUUAUUAUGUUGGUUUUUGAAUUAAUAAUGUGUAUACUAAUAAAUAUUUAUAAGGAUCGUUUUUUCUAUUUUUUAUUUUAACAGAAUAAAUUGUUCUAAAGUAUAUAAUUGUUAAAAAGUAUAUCAAUUUUAAUAAAUAUUAUUUGGUUGAUAAAUAAAUUAAAAUCAAUUACAAAAAUGCAGUUUGGGUAUUAUAAAACAAACUAAGUAAAAUAUAUUAUUUCAGCAGUAAAAAUAAUAAAAAGAAGUUUUCAAGAUAUUUCUUAGCAUUUUAGAUUAUAUAUGAUACUUUCCUAUAUUUGACCAAAAGAAAAAAAGAUACUUUCUAUAAAGAAAAAUAUACUUUGAAUAUAUUAACACAUUUCUCUAUUGCUACAAAUACAGUGUUCUGAAGUUUGUGUUAUUGUGUCCUUUCGCUCUUCUAUAUAAAAGUUUGUAGCGAGAAUGCCAGUCAAUCCUCUCAUCAUUCGUAAAACCUCUUCGUAUGUUCAUCAUCCGCUUAUUAUUCAUUUCGCCUCCAUUCGAUUAAAAGCUGAAUAAGGCUUUACAUCUUUAAGUGAAAUUUAGACAACUUUUAAGUACAUUAGUAUGCUUAUGGAUUCGUUGGUGUAAUAGUUGAAGAAUGUUUAUUGAAAUUCCUUUUUUGUAUUUUUUGUUUUUACAUAUUUUGAUGACGUAUGAACUGCAAUUGUUCCAGAAUGAUAGAUCAGAUGGACAUGGAACACUUCCGUGCGCAUAUGUCUGACGAGGAGAAGAUUGCUGCUGAAGAGAGCCUCAAAGCAACGUAUUGCCCGCCUGUAGAGUUCUACAUCUUUUUCCAGCGUCGUGCUAUUAAGAAUCCCUUGUUUCUUCAGCGAAGUUUGAAUUAUAAGAUUGAAGCCAAACAUCAAAGGAGAAUACAAAUGACUUUGUUCCUUCCGGGCAGUAAAGAUGCUGCUGGUGUAGAAACUCAAGAACUCUUUCCUCUUUUUAUUAUGCUGGCAAGACUCGUUUCUUCUAAGACUACCGCCAAGUCUUCUGCAAUAUAUAAGUUCAGUCGAACAUGUAUCCUAACUGGGGAUGAUGGAGUUAGUCAACCUCAAGCCAAUUUUCUUCUCCCUCGAAUGGAUAGACUCGCGUUGGAUGCAAAAUCAGGAUCACUCGUUAUCUUAUUUAUCAGCUUUGCUGGUGCGCAAAAUUCUCAAUCUGGCAUUGAUUCAAGCAAGAUCCAUUCAGGAAACAUAGGUGGACAUUGCCUAUGGAGCAAAAUACCCUUGGAAUCUCUCUAUUCUUCGUGGAAGGAAUAUCCAAAUAUGGACUUGGGAGAGAAAGCAACUUCAGUCUCUCUUGUUGAAAUGCAGCCUUGCUUUUUACAGCUAAUGUCUAUGAGUGAGAAGUUUGUCGAGAUUCAGGUUCCCAGCAAUCCCCUCACCUCGAGCUCACCGCAGCAAGUCCAAGUCACCAUAUCUGCACAAGAGGUUGGAGCAACGGAAAAUCCUCCUUAUCGUUCUUCAUUUUCAUUUAAUGACUUCCCUGCCUCUUCAGUAGUGUUGCCAAUUCACAGGUUGAGAAAAGGACAAGUAGCUUUCAAUUACAGUUACUAUAACAACAAAUUACAGAAAACUGAAGUAACUGGAGACUUUACUUGUCCAUUCUGCUUAGUAAAAUGUGCCAGUUUUAAGGGCCUGGAGUGUCACAUGCCAUCAACCCAUGAUCUCUUCAAUUUCGAAUUUUGGGUAAAUGAAAAAUAUCCGGCUGUAAAUGUGUCUCUCAAGAGUGAGGUAACGUUCACCGAGACUAAUAAGGGCGACCCUAACGCAAGGCUGGAACCAUACCCUUUCUCUUCAAUGAAAUCCAGCCGUAGGAAGCAGAAGACUCCGGCAAGGAACCCAAGGCCGAGGCCAAUUAAGACUGACGAUGCUGCUGACUCUGUUAAAAGUGAGAAGAGCCAAAUACCACCUGGGGGUGCUGAGUCGUCUAGUCAAACAGUUCCUCCAGGAAUGGGUCCUGCAGACUUGCAAAUGAUGAACAUGUGGAACUCUUUUAUGAAGAAGCACCGAGUUAUCACAGGUGGUUGCAUCGCAUGUGGAUGUGAGGCGUUCUCAAAACUACACGGACCCUUCUUGGUCCGAAAUCUGGACUUGCUCUGGUGCUGGAAAAAGUAUAUCUGGACACUGAAGAUUUAUGGCCGCCUUGACGCCCAAACCUUGAACAACUGUAUGGUGCUUUUCGAACAGCUUGCAAAUUGAAGACCCAGAAGCCUUUAUUUAAGUUUUAAAAAAAACUCUAAAUAAUAGAAAAAGGAAAUGAGAGUAGGUUUUAACUACUUUUGGACCCCUUUUAUCCUUUUUCGUUUUGGAUGUUAUUAUUUUACAUUAUCCCUUAAUUUCCCGUUUGAGUGUUAUUAAAUUACUUAUUUUUAUUUUGGAGUUAUUAAUUUGCUUUACAGAAAAGUUUGUAUAUUACAUUUGUCUGAAAUAUAUUUUACCCGAUAAAUGGUAGGUAAUUAAUGAAACGGGACUAAAUAAUUGUCCAUCAGCAUUCUGAAGAAUUCAUUCUAGGGUUCAUGCUUGAAUUGAUUGUAGGAUUUUAUUUAAUUACUACUUUUUUCCUUCUUCUUUGGCUUAGUUUGAGGUUUUACUUUUACCCCAUCCAUUCUUUUUUACUUAUUUUCCAUUGGUCAUAAAGUCGUUCCUUAGAUUAUGUUUCUUACAAAUGGAGACGUUUGUAGUCUCGUAUAAGGAAAGCUCACGGUCUAUAAGAUCACCCUUGAUAGCAGAGGGACUGGCCCUAAGAAGCGCGGUCGUGAAGUGCAUAGAGAUGGGAUUCCAUCGAGUGCAGUUUCAGUCUGAUUCAUCCCAACUUAUUCAGUCUAUCAAGCAGUCUGGGGAAGCUUUGUUGAAUUAUAUGGUAUUGUUUCAGAUAGUUUGAGGUCUUUUCUCUUAUUUGGAUUCCCGGUAUUAGGGCAUCCGCAAUGGAGAGUAUCUCUACAAAUCUCCAUUAAAAUCAUAAAUUAAUAAUAUGCCUAUAUAUACAUUUUAUAUAAUUAUAAACUAAAUAUUAUAUCGUUGGUUUUAUAUUCACAAUGAAAAUACAUCUAUUUCUCUUUUAACAUUUUAAUAUGUUUUGAUAAUAUUUAGUAAAAUUAUAACAAAAACCACAUUUAAAUUAUAUGAAGCAUUAAAAUAUACACCAAAUAAUAUAAUAAAAUUAACACGAUGAAAGUCGAAUUUCUAAAAUUUAAUUGAUGUAUAUACGCUAAAAUCAAAUAUUUUUUAUUUUAUAAAUAAAAAAUAUUCAAAAAUAGAAAAUCUAUAAAUAAAAAAAUUGUAAAUUAAUAACUUUAUAAAUUAAUAAAAUAUCAUAGUCCCAACAUUAUUAAUUUAUAUAGUUUUUAAUAUAGUAAGUUAAUGUGUUAAGCCAUGUAAUGUAACACCUGUUUUAGGCGACACCAAAAUGGCUCCUUUUAGACCUGACAUCUUCUCUGACGGCGACUACCCUGCAAGGAUUCCGGAGUCCUUUUCUUCCUCGUAGGGGAGACUACCCAACACUCCUUGUUAUCUAGGCUCGUUUUAAAAUCUCUGCAAGCUUUUUCUCUGGCUUUCUUGCCACUUUAAUCACUGUUUACACCC